UUAAUCAACAGUCUAUGAGUUGUUUGUUAAUUUGAUCACCGUUGAAAGAGUGAAUUUUUUCAAGUCAAAUGCGCCAGGCGUGUUCUCUCAAUGUUUAGUGCGUAGAACUAAUAUUGUGUACGAACGGCAUGGCAUGUCUUCGCGUAAAUAAAUGAGCAGCUGGAGAUUGUACAGACACUUCGAUUGAUUCUGACACCUUCGAUAUCCCUAGUGAUUUUACGCGCCACGGGUCUGGAUGAGCACCGUUGACACUUCCGGUCGGGCAUCUCAUUUUUCCGCUCGCGGCAUGGCCUGAAGUGGGCGGCGGAUAGUGCCAACAGUGUUCAUCCAAAAUCGUGAGUCGUAAAAUCACUAGGGAUAUCGAAGGGGUCAGAAUGAAUUGAAACGUCUGUACAAUCUCCACCUGCUUACUUAUUUACGAGAAGACAUGUCGUUCGUGCACAUGAUUAGAUUUAUACAAUAAGCAUUUAGAGGAGACGGCUGGCACAUUUGACCUGAGAAAAUCCACUCCAUCUACAGUGGUGCGGCAGGUUCUGUGGUAGCCGCCAGACUGAGCGAAAUUGCCCACUGGAAAGUUUUACUUCUCGAAGCUGGUGAUGACGAACCUGCAGCUGCACAAAUUCCGAGCAUGGCCGAAACUAUAGCUGGUUCCAAUUUGAGCUGGGGAUACCAAAGUAGUAACGAAAGUUACGCCUGCCUCUCAACGAAUGGUUGUUGUCCGUACGCCGCGGCGAGAGUUCUCGGUGGAUGUACGGUGCACAACGGGAUGGUAUAUUUGAGGGGCAAUCCAACGGAUUACAACAAUUGGGCCGCUAUGGGUAAUGAGGGCUGGACAUGGGAUGAAGUGAAACCUUUCUUUCUCAAGGCGGAGGAUAACGGUGAAAUUGAUAGAGUUGGAAGAUUCUGGCACGCCACGGGGGGUCCACUAUCCGUUGAGAGAUUUCCCUAUGAACCUCCUUUUGCCAAUGCUAUGCUUAAAGCAGCUGAACAGGCAGGAUUUCGCAUUAGUCAAGAUUUCAACGGAGACGUGUUGAGUGGUUUUGGAAUGGUACAAAGCACUACUAAAAAUGGAGUCAGACGUAGCAGCGCCGCAUCGUAUCUACGGCCCAGCAGGAACCGUGAGAAUCUCCACGUUUCCCUGAACUCGACUGUCACAAGAGUAAUAAUCGAGGACGGGAAGGCAGUCGGCGUCGAGUAUUUUAAGAAUGGUGAGUUCAAGAUAGUUCGUACAUCGCGAGAAGUGAUUCUCAGCGCCGGAAAUAUCAAAUCGCCUCACAUUCUACUUCUCUCUGGCAUUGGGCCCCAGGAACACCUCGAGUCAAUGGGCAUCGCAGUUGUCAAAGAUUUGCCUGGUGUUGGCAGCAAUUACCACGACCACGUGUUCUUCAUGCUCAACUUUACCAUCAAUGACCCUGACACCUACGAGAACAACUGGGCAGCUGCUACCGAGUACCUCGCCUUUCAGACUGGCCCAUUGUCCGGUCAUGGAAUAACCGGGAUAGUCGCUCAGCUAGCUUCCAGCAAAACAACGCCUGACUAUCCAGACAUGCAAAUAUAUAACAUUGGUUACGACGCCGCCUGCGCGCCCGGUGAAAUCGGUGCUCUUCGCAGUACAGGGGAGCGCAGUGUAGACUUGGCGUCAGUUUUACUUCAUCCGAAAAGCAGAGGACGAAUCAGUCUGGCUUCGAACGAUCCUUUUGAACAACCACUGAUCUGGAGUAACAUCUUGAGCGAACCCAGUGAUCUUGAUAUCCUUGUAGAAGCCAUAAAUAGUGCUAUCAAGUUGACCAAUACGGACGCAAUGAGAGCCUACAAUAUGACGUUAUCAGUAACGGCCCUCGAACCCUGCAGUAGUUACACUUUUGCCACGGCCGAGUACUGGAAGUGUAUGCUACGGUGGGGUAGAAUAGACUUACCUCAUGGAAGCGGAUCCUGCAAGAUGGGCCCCAAGCAUGACGCAAUGGCAGUUGUCGAUCAUAAGCUUCGAGUUCGAGGCAUCAAAGGAUUGCGCGUUGCGGAUACUUCGAUCAUGCCGGAGAUUGUUUCAGGGAAUACUGGCACACCAACAAUGAUGAUAGGGGAACGAGCUGCAGACUUCAUCAAGAAAGAUUCCGAUCACUUAGACAGAAUGGAAGUUCCUCCUACGAAGCAAAUGUACUUGCGUGAUUCGUCACGUGCAUAAAUGUGACUAGAAAACGUUGCUUUUUGAGGAAAGUGAAACUGGAUGUAUCCUAAAAUCUGUAACGUUGAUCUGCAACUCAGGACUGAAGAUAUUAAAACCGUGGAUGAGAUUACAAACCGUUGAUCUUAUACCACCAUUCAUGGACGGAAUAAACGGACCACGGAUUUCGGACAUUUUCAUAAUGAUCCAAAUGAUUUUCCUGUUGAUUUAAUACAGCAUUGUCGUCUCUCGAAUAAUGCGCUUUGUAGAACAGGUGGUUAGCCAUAAAAUCUCCGGUAACACCACUAUUGAAAAAAAAUAAAUAAAAUGAACAUCA